GAGUAAUCCGUAUUCCGUGCCGCCACAAAACACAUAAUUAGGCGCCAAACCAAACAAUCACUUAAAUGAGGACGAAAACGAAAUCAGGGGCAGUAUCGUACAUUCCCAACUACCCGCCGUGUCAGUUAGUUGUCCGUCACUCUUCCUAUCCAUUUUCGAAAGCGUAACAAAAUUCAUAACUGCAGCGGCGUCAUGGCGGGCACCAGCACCUCCUUCGCCGCCAACGCCGUCCGAUCCACCGCCGUGGAACUUUCCAGAACCACAAGGUGCAACAGCCGCCGUUCUCUGCUCUCCCUUGCUGGAAUCUCCUCCUCCAAAAGCCGCGGCGGUUCCGUCUCCGCCAUCACCUGCGACGAGCAUCCCCGUGGACCUUACUGCAUAUACGUUGGCCCUAUUGACACCGCCAGCAAAGAAACCCUCGAAGCUCUUUACUCCCAAGCACGAGAUGCAUAUUACAGUGGUGAGCCUUUGAUUAUUGAUGACAUGUUUGAUAGAGUAGAGUUUAUGGAAACAAUGCAGUUGAAGCUUAGGUGGUAUGGUUCCAAGUCAGUUGUCAAGUAUCCUCGAUGCAGUAUCAGGAGGCAAUCAACUUAUUCUGAUGCUGAGGAAGAUCUGUCUAUGGUUUUUGCAUUGGCCUCAACAUGGGCUCUGAUCCUUGCAUUUGGCUGCUCAGCAUGUAUCGGGUCAAUAUGGUACACGGUCAGCAUGGCUUAUCAAAGUGCAUUCAAUCCAGGAUCAUCCUAUGGUAGCAAGGCAUCAGGACUAGAGUUUCUCUUCACCUUGAAUGGCUUUAUCUUAAUGGCACUGGGUUUUGCCAUUGGAUAUCCUAUUGCUUCAGCUUCAGUUAAGGCGCUUCAGAGCCUGUGGAGGAAUGGCUUGGUGGCACUAAAGGGUACUUGUCCAAAUUGUGGAGAAGAGGUAUUUGCCUUUGUGACAGUGGACAAGGCUAAUGACUUACCCCAUAGAUCAAAUUGCCAUGUGUGUGAAUGCUUGUUAGAAUUUCUCACCAAAGUUGAGAAAUCAAGUUCAAGAUUUGGUGGACAAUGGGUUCAUGGCCGCAUCUACCUUGUUCGCAGAUCACGACGCCGACGGGAACUAUAAAUUUUCUUCCGGUUAUAUAUGAAUGUGUAUAGUUAAGGAAGGAAUUGCCAUGUUAAUUAUUGGGAACUUAAUUUCAUUAGAUUUGGUUGUGUUAGUGUUAACAUCUUUCUGGGUCUAUCUAAUAUAGCUUGAGUCUUGA